ACUACUUACAAAUGGGCCAAUAUCAGACUUCUAAGCAGACAGACGAAUCAUGCCAUUAGCCUUCGGAGACAUAGAUAUCAGGUUAGUUAUCAGGUUGCCCCUUCCGAUCUGACUGAUUCCCGUCGAUGAAAGAAUAUCGGCUGCUCCAUUUCAUUCUCUUGGCAAGUCAAGGCAAUCGCCGGCACAUGACUCGAGAGCUUUUCCUCCUGCAACUUGUGCAGAUAUGCUGCACUCACAGUCGUCGCAUCUGUUCAUCACGUACGAACGACGAGACCUCCAGAAAGGCUCAUGCUUGCACGCCAUUCAAACGGACUCUCAGAGAACCACUUUGGAUGACAUCCGUUCGAUCCUUGAACGGCAAUGCCGCCUCAAUUAUCCGAGUUGUGCUUAACAAUCGUGCUUAUCACAAAUGCGGCCAUCAGACACGUGACAUGGAUAUGAUGGUUGUUUGCCGACAUAAUGUACUGUUGACGAUACGGUUGAGGUUUCUCCUGGAGCAUGGCAUCGAAAUUCGAGAAAGACGCGAUGGAGAGAGAUGGAUGACUCUUGACCAUUGCGGAUAUCGCUAUGCACCUCGCAACCACUAUCAGGCAUGCAUUCGUAUCUCAUCGCCUGGGCAUCGCCGAGUUUUGUGUGUCACACGAUCCCAAAUCCUCAACAAAACUUAUUCCGACUCAACGAUAUCCCGCCUGAGCAUUCAACAACGCCGGUCACGAGAGCUGAAAAGGGACCCCCGAGCCUUCGGCCCUCCGUGGAUACUUGUAGCGCUUCACUCAAGACCACUGUGCUAAGUAGGGAUUUGACUUCUUCCCUGACGCUGUGAUUGAAUGCAGUAUCGCUCUUACAUUGUAUCUAUGCUGGGAACCGAUGGAUCCACUGCGAGGUAUCCCCUCUCACUCCGGUGCCAUGUCCGAUGUGAUAUUCAUGAUGUGACCUCCCAUUUCAUCAAUCGGCCGAUCAUACCCGAUAUCUACCCGCCGUGGCGCCAGAGCAGUUCCCCUCACGUUUCGAACACUCGCGUUCACCGUGAUACCGUAGGCCCGAAGCGUCACGACCAAGGCAGCAAGG